AUGGACAGCCCACGCCGGCGCGAGCUUGAGGUGGCCAUCGCCGCCGUCCAGGCCGCAGCCAGGUUGACGCAGCACGUCAUCAACUCAAAGGACAAGGGCUUCGUCGAGAAGAACGAUGCCACUCUCGUCACGGUCGCAGACUUUGCCAGCCAGGCGCUGCUGAUGGCCACCAUCAAGGCCGCGUUCCCCGGCGACCUGAUCGUCGGCGAGGAGGACGCCUCGCAGCUCAGAGAGGACCCCGCCCUGCAGGACGAGGUGUACGCUCUGCUGCAGUGGCUGGGGACCAGCGAGGAGGAGGGCCGCGAUGGCUGGAAGGUGCCCGAGAGCCGGGAUCGCAUGUGCGACCUGCUCGACGAGGGCGGCUCCAGCAGCCCCUCGCGCUCCGGGCGGACGUGGAUCUUCGACCCCGUCGACGGGACCAAGACGUAUAUCCGGGGCGAGCUCUACGCCAUCAACGUCGCUCUGCUCGAGGACGGGAAGCAGUCCGUCUCAGUCGUGGGGUGCCCCAACCUGGGGAUCGACGCAAAGGCCCCCAUCGUCAACGGCGACAUCAGCCCCUCCGGCAUCAUCGUCUUCGGAGUCAAGGAUCACGGCGCCUACGUCCGUCCGAUAGAGGGCAGGCCAGAGGACGUGGAGAUCCGGCAGCUCCCCCAAAUCUCGCCAGACCUCACCUCCGCCGACCUGCGCCUAGUCACCUGCGAGACCCUCAACGACUCGUCCCUCCCCGGCGUCCACGAGGCCAUAGCGACGCGCACCGGCACGCCGUACCCGGGCUCCGACCUCCUACCCUGGGUUCUGCGGUGGACGGCGCUCGCGCUGGGGCUGGGCAACACCACGGUCUGGGUGUACAGGAGGCUGGAGCGGCGGGGGAAGAUCUGGGACCAUGCCGGGGCGAUGCUGCUGUUCGAGGAGACGGGCGGGCGCGUCACGGACGUCCACGGCGGGGACAUUGACGUGACGGCCGGCCGCACCAUGACCGAGAACUUUGGCUUCGUGGGCGCGCCGAGGGGGCUGCACAGUCAGGUCUUGGGGGCGGUGCAUGCGGAGCUGCGUGGGCAGGGCCAUAUGGCGCAUUUGGGACCUUGUGCUUAG